AAGUCCAGUGCUACAAUACAGCACUGGGUAUUGGACAUGGGAGGGCCAAGCUGUGCUUCCAUCAUUGACUCUGUGGAAGAUUUCUUGCCAACCCACCAUCUUCCCAUUUGGAAUGUGGAAAAAGGGGGUACCUUCCAUAUGGCAACUGGACCCAACCACAGGGAUGUGUGUUGCUUCCCUGGGGUCCAGGUAAGGGACAUCAAAAAGAAAUAUAAGAAAAAUAUGGUAUCAACUGGUAUGGCCCACUGAUUAUUACCCUCUACUGGCAUUCCAGGUAGGCAGCAACAGGGUCUGAACAAGAAGGCUGAGGUCGGAGAGCCCAUGUGAAGCAUUUGGAAAUGUUAAAGAUCCAUUUCUGAUGAAAUACGGUCUUUUUUUAUUAUCAUGACUGUUAGGAAAGUCUCCAUGAAAUCCUGUAUGUGUGAUGAGAACUUUUGGGCACAGGUAAUUUAAUGAAACAUGAGCCUUUUACUCCGUUCCUUGUGUGUUUUCCCAAUGAGCGAGGAUAACCCUUCUCUACACUGUAAAACUUCAUCUUUCCCAUGGAGCUGUAGCCCACAGCUCAUAGAGGGACGGAACAUUGUUCCCUAGCAACCACCUCGACUCUUCAGCCUUCAUCCCGCCUCCAUACCUAGACUCCAGCAGGACCUACCUGCUUCUGCACACCACCAGUCACCACACCAGGGAUCAUGGACCAGAAAUGUCAAGCUGAGGACAAUGCAGCAUUAGAAAUGGGUCAGAAAGGACCCAACAACUCUACUGAAAUGACAAAAAACUCCUUGACCUGGGCAUCUCUGUCGGAUUAUCAACAGCUGGAUUACAAUUUGAGAGUAAAUCUCUUCCAAGGUGGCCCACUGAAGAUUCAAAGCUUGAUGAGAGAUUCCUACACCCCUGACAUAUUUCAGAAGGCAGUCAUAGAUCCCAGACAUUGGCAUGGAAGGACAAUUACUGAGCUAGGGAGAUGGUAUGAGAAAUACUUCCUAGAUAUUAACGUGUGGAAAGCUAUGAAGAAGAAAUAUGGAGGGGGUAAAAAAGACAAUUCCUAGAAGAUGAAAGUUGAAGAUUGGAGUGCGUUCAACAAUGAGUCUUUUUCUUCCACCAUCCAAUAAACCUGCCAGUGAAACCUGAA